UAAACUUAUUAUUGAUUAACAAUCAGGUAACAGUUAGUUAAUAUGGAUGAUAACCAGCAACUGGUCUACAUGCUCUACCAUGGCUGCACCCUCGCCAAGGACCUCGAAAACCGUCUCCGGACGACUCCGAAUCCCGACGGCAUCGCCGACGCCCUCGUCGCGUCCUGCGACGAGAUCUUGGCCGUGUUCGCCAGCUGUAAGGAGAGGCUGCAGCGCCGCGUUCACGAGCAUUGGGUUCAAGACUUGUUUAAAAGCCCGGCCCCCGGUGUGACCCGGCCGGGGAAGUCGAAAGGCUUGUUGCAAGAAGGGUUCCUGCCGUCGCCCCAAUUGGGGUUGAUGGUCGGCGGCGGUAGCAGCGAGACGGCGCAUGGGGUGGCGAUAUUGGACGCACCGGAUUCUACCAGAACUGCUGCACCGAGGCCGAGAAGGAGAAACAACAACGACGAAAAAGAAGUGAAGCUAAUCCCAGCCCCUCAAAUGGGAAAUUUGGAUCUUCCACCCGACGAUGGUCACACAUGGCGAAAAUACGGACAAAAGGAGAUUCUAGGAUCGAUAUAUCCGAGGAGCUACUACAGGUGCACGCACCAGAAAUUCUACGGGUGCCCGGCCAAGAAGCUGGUCCAGCGACUGGACCAGGACCCGCGCACCUUCAAGGUCACGUAUCGCGGGUCCCACACGUGCCACAUGUCCGCCACCGCCCCUUCCGCCGGCGUUCCGGCGGCGGAUUCACUUCCGCCGCCGAUGUCCACCUCCGCCGCCUCCCUAAUGCAGGCGGCGUCGAUCCCGCUCAACUUCCCUGCACCUCCGACCACCCACUGGCUCUCGAUGCAGAACGUCGCCGAUCUCGGCGGCGCCGGAGGUCCUGGACCCUCCGCCUCGAGGGCGGCGGCGGAGAUGCCAGUGGCGGACAUGGCGGACGUGAUGUUCAACUCCGGGAGCAGCAGCAGCAAUAGCAUGGACCUCAUAUUUUCCUCUGAAAAGUGGGAUUACGAAGAAAAAAAAGAUUAA